AUGUCGCGAACUAUGGCCGACGAUAUGGCGAGCCAGUACCAGAUGAUGGAGGAGCUCGGGAGUGGAAGUUUUGGGACGGUGUACAAGGCAAUUGACAAGUCUACUGGGGAGAUUGUUGCGAUCAAGCAUAUCGAUCUCGAGUCGAGCGAAGAUGAUAUCCAAGAAAUUCAGCAGGAGAUCUCCGUCCUGGCGACGUGCGCGAGCCCUUACGUUACCCAGUACCACGCGAGCUUUCUCCGAGGACACAAACUGUGGAUUGUGAUGGAGUAUUUGGGCGGCGGAUCAUGCCUUGACUUGCUCAAACCGGGUGUUUUCAACGAGGCGCACGUUGCUAUUGUCUGCCAACAGCUGUUGCAGGGCCUGGACUACUUGCACAGCGAAGGAAAGAUUCAUCGCGACGUGAAAGCGGCCAACGUCCUUCUUUCUCACACCGGCAAGGUGAAGCUAGGAGACUUUGGAGUCGCGGCACAGCUGACCAACAUCAAAUCGCAACGCAAUACGUUCGUCGGCACCCCUUUCUGGAUGGCCCCGGAGGUAAUCCAGCAAUCCGGAUAUGACUACAAGGCGGACAUUUGGUCUUUAGGUAUCACGGCCAUGGAAAUGAUAAAUGGAGAGCCGCCGCAUGCCAACAUCCAUCCGAUGAAGGUGCUCUUCUUGAUUCCCAAAGAGCCCGCUCCUCGACUACAGGGUGACGGCUACAGUAGCGCUUUCAAAGACUUUAUCGCUCAGUGCUUGACCAAGGACCCGGACCGCCGACCUAGCGCAAAGGAACUUUUGCGACAUAAGUUCAUCCGCAAUGCUGGCAAAACGGAGGCGUUGCAGGAACUCAUCCACCGCAAGCAGGACUGGGACGGUGGGCGUGGUGUGUCGCGCAAUGUGAAGUACUAUGCGGAGUCUUUGAAUACGAUUACCCACCUGAAGGAUGAUGAUGGUUGGGUCUUUGAUACAGUUAAAGCCCCCACCAUGGUCAUUCGAGAGGACUCUGAUGUCUCAGACUGUGGAUCUAUCAUUCACGACCCUCUCUAUGAUGAGUCCGCAGAGAUGAUGGAAAACCUGCGCAUCUCUAGCCCAUCAGCCCAGCAAAGAUAUGCCAACGGUACCGCUGUACGCCGCGCUCCACCGCCCGCUGACCGCAGUCCUUCCGUACGACGUCCGAAGCGACGAUCGAGUGGGGUUAAGCAGCCGUUGGGAGUGGAUUUGACAUUUGGCAACAGUCCUUCCACGGUCCGCCAGUUCCGCCGUGUAUCUGACAAGUCGCCGACCGAAGACUCAUUCUCCUCGUACCAACUCAAUGGAGACGAGAACGCGAGCCCUAAGUCUCUAUCCACUGGAACUAACAAUAAGGAAGCUCAACUGGGCCGCCGGGCGUACAGCAAGGCGGUAGGCCACGCUUGCCAGGAGGUUCUGGGGACUACCGGGGACCAGGAGAAGCGAGAAGCGAUUUCCCGUCUUGCAGAGGCCUGGAGUGACCUGGAAAUGGUUGAUCCCGAAGGUCUAUACCACAUCCUUAGAGCCACUAAUGAGAAACUCCUAAGCGAUCCCAAGCUGUCAAGUCUCGUCCCACAGGGUCCACCACCCGAAUCCCCACAAAGGCCUCGUCUGGUUCUUGCACAGAAUAAUCCACACCUGAAAAGCCACAAACGCCGGCAAUCUGCAGUUGUGGCCGAACCAAUCCCCCAGCCACAGCUUGCGAGCUCGCCCACCCAGUCGGUUCCAGGCAUGGAGCAUAUCAAACAGCUAUCAGAUGUCCUCUAUGGUCGAUGGUCCGAAGGUCUUCGCAACCGAUGGCCUGGAGUUUGA